GGUAUACCAAAGAAACGGUGUUUGUCGCUGUAGGAUAUAAUUCCUUAAAACAUUGAACAUAUUCCGACCGUCCCACGUAUACGCAUCCAUCAAAUUCAAUUCAUCGUUGUCUUCCUGAAUUUUCUUCCCGAUCAAUUUCCUCCGAUCUAUUUUCCGAUACCGACGUCGUAACUCUUCUCCUCCGUUCGUUUCUCAGGAUUCUUUUUUAGUAUUCCCUUGGAAAAAUGAGUGAGGUGUUUAACGGAUACGAGCGGCAAUAUUGCGAGCUCUCGGCGAAUCUUUCAAAGAAGUGUUCCUCAGCUGUUGCUCUUGAUGGAGAACAAAAGAAGCAGAAGCUCUCAGAAAUAAAAUCUGGACUGGAAAAUGCCGAAGUUUUGAUUAGGAAAAUGGAUCUUGAGGCGAGGAGCCUUCCACCAAAUGUCAAGUCUAGCCUGCUUGUCAAACUAAGAGAAUUCAAGUCUGAUCUGAACAAUUUCAAAAGCGAAGUGAAGAGAAUCACGUCUGCAAACUUGAACGCUGCUGCUCGAGAUGAGUUGCUUGAAGCUGGUAUGGCUGAUACAAAGACGGCUUCAGCUGAUCAAAGAUCAAGAUUGAUGAUGUCAACGGAACGUUUGGGUCGAACCACGGACAGAGUCAAGGACAGUCGUAGAACAAUGAUGGAGACUGAAGAGAUUGGUGUUUCAAUCCUCCAAGACUUGCACAGUCAGAGACAAUCUCUCCUACGAGCCGGGGACACGCUUAGUGGAGUAGACGAUAACGUUGGAAAGAGCAAGAAAAUCUUGGCAGGCAUGACGAGGAGGAUGAACAAGAACAAAUGGACCAUUGGAGCCAUUAUCACCGCUUUGGUCUUGGCCAUUAUCAUCAUCUUGUACUUCAAACUCACCUAGUAAGCCUCUGUAUCUAAAACCCGACCAAAAUCUCUGUUACUUAACAAUUGGUGUGUUCGGUUGUGAAUCUUUGAUCUAUCCCUUUUUUCUCAAUUCAUCUUUCUGUGUGAAAAGUUAUGUCUUUGCCACCUUUUUAAAAUCUCGAUUGUUUGUUUUCGUUUGCGUUAAGAAAUUACAUACAUUUCGAACGAUU